AUGGACGCCAACUCCGUCAAAUCACCAGCUUCUAGGACAGCAACGCUUCGCACCGUCCUGCGCAAAGCACCACCCACCAAGACCACCGCAAACGAUACGCACAACCACGAACGCGACAACAGCGAUACGAUCACACCCUCCUCCGCGACCAAAUCUCAGUCCGCCGAAUCGAGCGCCAAACCAGAAGCCAAAGCAGCACCAGACCAGGACGAGAUCACACCAGCGCCACCACGCACGUCUGGCCCAAACACUCCUGGGCCAUACAUGCGUACAGCUGACCUGCCAAAAAAGAUCCAGGACGCGAUGGCUUUCCAGGCGAACGUGGCGAACGCGAUUGCGGACCGGCAGGAGCUGUUUAGGCGGUUGAGGACAAAGCCACAGCCGGCAGAGGAGAGUGGGGAGGCGGAUGGGCUGCUGGCGGGACAGGAGAGGCAGGUGGAGAGGCAGGUGGAGGCCGAGCCGCCGACGCCGACGCCGACGCGUGGUGGGAGGAGACGUAAGAAGACGGUGUCAUUGUGA